GCCAGCGCGGCGCCCCAGCGCCUUAGCGCGCAGUUGUUCCGGCAGCCUCGCGCCGCCUCUCCCCCAACCCCCAACCGCCUCCGCGCGGGGCGAUCGGGAGAGGGGCCCCAAAGUGGCUUCUUUGCGGGGAACCCAGGGACUGGCGAUUCUUCCCAACCAAGUUCUGGGCCUCCCCGCCGAUUCUAGCCUGCCUUGGCGGUGGCAGGGUUGGGGGCGGGGGUCGGGGGGCGGGGGGAAGCUGGCGGUGUCCCAACCAGUCUCGUGGCUGCUGGGGCAGCUGCAGGGGAAGGCAGCCCUCGUAAGGCAGCAAACGCGUACCCGCCCCUCGUCUGAUGCAAGACUGCUCCGUGCUUUCGCCGCCCCUCUGCCUCCUGGGAGCCUUCGGAGGAAAAGGAGGCGGGCGGGGAGCGCUGGGGUCCAGAUUUAGCCUCCUCCCCACCUUUGGUUUAUCGCUGGUUGGGAGUGACCAGACUCGACUAGAAUCCGAUCCCAAACGCUCCCAGAUGAUUUAUAGUCUUAGCAAAUUUUUAUCUCCUUUUGUUGUGAUAUAUAAUUAAUCUACUUCAAAUCUUUAUCUACCGUGUUUGAAAAGGCCUGCUGGGCCUGGUGGCCUUGUCCGGAAUAUUUAUUUUGUGAACUCUUCACUCCAGUGCCUGCACUUUCGACCUCUGUAGUCGACCCAGCUGCCCAGUCUCUACCUCACCUGAUCCGGACUGUGAAGGCCUUAUUGUUCGCUCUGCCACCAAGGUGACCGCUGAUGUCAUCAACGCAGCUGAGAAACUCCAGGUGGUGGGCAGGGCUGGCACAGGUGUGGACAAUGUGGAUCUGGAGGCCGCAACAAGGAAGGGCAUCUUGGUUAUGAACACCCCCAAUGGGAACAGCCUCAGUGCCGCAGAACUCACUUGUGGGAUGAUCAUGUGCCUGGCCAGGCCUGAAACCUUCCGGGACCAAGAAGUUACUUUUCCCAUGGCAAGACCUGCUUUCCCUCCUGCUGGAGGAGGAUCUGGGGGAAUUUACCUCUGCUCUAACUCCUCCCUACAGUUUCCAUCUGAGCUCUCUGGACCAGCUUUGUUUAAAGGAAUCAGUGAAGUGCUGUGGUUUAAAAGAAGCUCCCCAUUGUCAACUGCUCACCAUGACCUCACUCAUCAAAGGCAGAUUCCCCAGGCGACGGCUUCGAUGAAGGACGGCAAAUGGGAGCGGAAGAAGUUCAUGGGAACAGAGCUGAAUGGAAAGACCCUGGGAAUUCUUGGCCUGGGCAGGAUUGGGAGAGAGGUAGCUACCCGGAUGCAGUCCUUUGGGAUGAAGACUAUAGGAUAUGACCCCAUCAUUUCCCCAGAGGUCUCGGCCUCCUUUGGUGUUCAGCAGCUGCCCCUGGAGGAGAUCUGGCCUCUCUGUGAUUUCAUCACUGUGCACACUCCUCUCCUGCCCUCCACGACAGGCUUGCUGAAUGACAACACCUUUGCCCAGUGCAAGAAGGGGGUGCGUGUGGUGAACUGUGCCCGUGGAGGGAUCGUGGACGAAGGCGCCCUGCUCCGGGCCCUGCAGUCUGGCCAGUGUGCCGGGGCUGCACUGGACGUGUUUACGGAAGAGCCGCCACGGGACCGGGCCUUGGUGGACCAUGAGAAUGUCAUCAGCUGUCCCCACCUGGGUGCCAGCACCAAGGAGGCUCAGAGCCGCUGUGGGGAGGAAAUUGCUGUUCAGUUCGUGGACAUGGUGAAGGGGAAAUCUCUCACGGGGGUUGUGAAUGCCCAGGCCCUUACCAGUGCCUUCUCUCCACACACCAAGCCUUGGAUUGGUCUGGCAGAAGCUCUCGGGACACUGAUGCGAGCCUGGGCUGGGUCCCCCAAAGGGACCAUCCAGGUGAUAACACAGGGAACAUCCCUGAAGAAUGCUGGGAACUGCCUAAGCCCCGCAGUCAUUGUCGGCCUCCUGAAAGAGGCUUCCAAGCAGGCGGAUGUGAACUUGGUGAACGCUAAGCUGCUGGUGAAAGAGGCUGGCCUCAAUGUCACCACCUCCCACAGCCCUGCUGCACCAGGGGAGCAAGGCUUCGGGGAAUGCCUCCUGGCCGUGGCCCUGGCAGGCGCCCCUUACCAGGCUGUGGGCUUGGUCCAAGGCACUACACCUGUACUGCAGGGGCUCAAUGGAGCUGUCUUCAGGCCAGAAGUGCCUCUCCGCAGGGACCUGCCCCUGCUCCUAUUCCGGACUCAGACCUCUGACCCUGCAAUGCUGCCUACCAUGAUGGGCCUCCUGGCAGAGGCAGGCGUGCGGCUGCUGUCCUACCAGACUUCACUGGUGUCAGAUGGGGAGACCUGGCACGUCAUGGGCAUCUCCUCCUUGCUGCCCAGCCUGGAAGCGUGGAAGCAGCAUGUGACUGAAGCCUUCCAGUUCCACUUCUAACCUUGGAGCUCACUGGUCCCUGCCUCUGGGGCUUUUCUGAAGAAACCUACCCACUGUGAUCAAUAGGGAGAGAAAAUCCACAUUCUUGGGCUGAACGCGGGCCUCUGACACUGCUUACACUGCACUCUGACCCUGUAGUACAGCAAUAACCGUCUAAUAAAGAGCCUACCCCCAA